GAAAACAAACAUAUACUAAGCAUUUUACAUUUCGCGGAUGUGAACCGGAUUACGAUAAUGUAAACAAAAAGCAGACGAGAAGUCAAGGUCUGCGCGGUAACUUUGGUUGAGAUGGUGAAACCAAAGUACAGACGCCAUGGGUUCGUCUCGAAAAAGCAGAAGGAGAGAUAUGAUAAAGUAUCUGCAGGGCAAUUGACUCGAUGGAUUAGGGGAGCUAUCCUUACAGACCACAAUUACUCCGCCAGUGCAACCCCUGUCAGCGUUGAUCACGAUCACGAAUUGCCAAAUUUGAAUAUACUGGAAAGAGAGGAGGUGGUUGAUGGGGAAGAAGUGACUACAUCUGAGGAUUGGAAGGAGGGGAGGAGAGUAGUAGAACUUGGAGUGUUAGCUGAGGGCUUGCGGGGAUGUUGUAAAUGUGGCUUACCAUUACAACUUUCACACACUAUUUCUGUGUUGACAUAUGGUUUAGCUUCUUUGUUAAAGGUCUGUUGCAGCAAUACAAAGUGUAAUCAUAUUAACCAUGUAAAAACAGGGAAAAAACAUGGAAGAGUGUGGGAUGUAAAUACAAAGCUAUCAGCAGCAAUUGUACAUGUUAAUAUUGGUGCAACGCAAGUCAACAGUCUCCUUUCUGAGCUGAAUAUACCACCUGUAAGCCAUGCCAUGCUGGACAAAAGACAGAAAGAGAUAGGCAGAGCUGUUGAAGACAUUGCUGCAGAGUCUAUGUCUGAUGCUUUGCAGAAGGAACUGGAAAUGAUGAAUGAAGAGAUGAACGAAAAUGGACUAGUUGUUGCUGUAGAUGCUGGAUGGCAAAAACGGGGUAGCGGAAAGACAUAUGAUAGUUUAUCAGAAAAUUCCCUAAAGAGAAUCGAAACAAACUGA